AUUCUCUCUCAUUUCAAGCAUAAACAACUCAAAAGGCUGGCAAGAAAAAUAAGGAAACAAAUCCCACUCAUUUCCUAGUAGCCAGCGAGGUCUCCACACUCCUAUUUCUUUAUUUCUCUGACUCUCGACGUUCACAAAGGACACGUUAUGUCCAACAAAUACUUUUAUAAACUACGUACACUAAAAAAAAAAUGAAGAUUCUAGGCAGCUCAUCUUCCUCCGUAGACUCCUCAGGUUACAAUUAUAUAUAGACGUGCAUCAGUCUAAAAUGUCUCCAAGUAGAGAUCUUUCUUCCAUUUUUUCUUCGUUCAAGAUCUGGGGUUUUAUCAAAACAUGAAACAACAGAAAGCAUACUUGUUCUUUACUGCUACUCUAACCAUUGUCCUCCUCUUUUCGCAUCUUGCAUCCUCAGUUGAGUCUCAUGGAGAUGAGGUAGAGGAUGAGAGGGAGUUCGAUUACGAUCAAAGAAGUAAUAAAGGACCAGAACACUGGGGAGAGAUUAAGAAAGAAUGGGCUACUUGCAAGUCUGGGGAUUUACAAUCUCCUAUAGAUAUGUGUAAUAAGAGAGUUAAACUGACCAAAAAAUCUGGAGAUUUCAAGAGGAAUUACAAGGCUUGUAAUUCUAUAAUCAAGAACCGAGGCCAUGAUAUUUCGCUUCAAUGGGAGGGAUACAAUGCAGGGUCAGUAGAGAUAAAUGGGAAUGAAUACUUUCUGGAACAGUGCCAUUGGCACUCUCCUUCAGAGCACACCAUUAAUGGCAGGAGGUAUGACAUGGAGGUGCACAUGGUUCACGUAAACACUGACCCAAAUGUGAAAUACAACAUUACUGUUGUUGCUCUUCUCUACAAGAUUGGUCCACCUGAUGCUUUCCUCUCUAAGUUGCUAAGAGAUAUAAAAUCCAUGAAUGAUCGCGAGCAAGAAAGAAGCAUGGGAAUGAUAAAUCCAAAAGAGAUUAAAAUGGGUGGCAAGAAAUAUUACAGAUAUUUGGGUUCACUCACUGUUCCUCCUUGCACUGAAGGUGUUAUUUGGACAAUGAACAAGAAGAUAAGGACUGUUUCAGAAGACCAAGUUAAAGCAUUAAGAGAGGCUGUUCAUGAUUAUGCAAAGGAAAAUGCAAGACCAGUUCAACCACUGAAUAAACGAGAGAUCAAACUCUAUGGAGCAUCAAACUGAUUAAAUGAUGUAGAGGGUUUAUUAUGAGCAACAAAAUAAAUUCACCUUUUCAAAUGGAAGCAUUCAUUGAUUUUUUUUUUU